AUGUCAGCUGCGUCGUCAAAGUCAUCUGGGUUCUCGGAUGCAACCAAGCUAGAAACUCUACGCCUUGCGGGUCCCCAUUGUUGGUCGUGCAGUACCUGGCGGCCGCAGAUAUGCCAUGUAGUUGCACUGGAAGAUACGCAGACGGAUAUAUGGGAACAAGCCGGCUUGUUCACUUUUCCAUAUCGCUCUACCUCGAAUGCUGUCCCUCUGUGCCCAUCUUGUCACGUCGAAUUUGAUCGCUCCAUUGACCCCGGCUACGUCUUUUUCCCGAGCGAUCUCAAGUUUUUCAUAGACUUUGAACUUGAAGACCGAGAACGACGAGAGACUGCAGCUGCGAAUGGUAAUCCAGUUAAGCGACAAGUCCCAGGAGCCAUCCAGUACCGAAAAUACCAGCAGGACAAAGGUCUAGUUUCGUCAGACGCUAUCGGUGGAUUGUACAGACGUGUAUUCCUGAAAAACUUUCUUCUUGAUGGGAGAUACCCUGAUGUACUGCGGGACUGCUCUACUCCCAAAGAGUGGCAUGGCAAUCCGAUAGCUUCGAUCAGACGUGCUUUCGCAGCGCUUGGUAGCCCACGAAUCUAUGUUCUAGGUUCCGAGAUCCGCAAAGAACUCGAAUUAUUGCGAGAUCUUUACUUCGCCGACGUAUUUCAGAGUGGCUCUGGUCCUCUUCUUAAACGGCAUUUGGAGGAGGAGGAGGAGGAGGAAGACGAUGCACCACCAGCAAAGAAAGCCACCAGAGAUCGGGGGCCACAACAUCUCACCGAUACGUUAGAAGAAAAACACUCAAGCCAGUCUGUAAAAGACGCAGUCUGGGCGCUGGGGCCAAAUUCUACUUCUAGCACCGCCAUGCAGCUCUAUGCCCCUCUAUUUCCAUGUCUUUAA